AUGGGAUCACUGGGAGAAUUAGAGUCCUCGGAUCGCAGGGGAGGUCUCUGUCGUGAAGACCCUGUCAUGAAUUUGACCAGUACACUGGCCAGUUAUGUUCAGCAUCUCGAAAGAGAACAUGCCCAAUCCUCAUCGCUGAAGACGCAGACUUGCAAUGAUGUCGCACAAAAGUCGAACAUUGUCGCGCUCUGCAAUAAGGUCAUCGCCAUGACCAUGGACCCGGAGAUGUAUCUCUUCACCACAUCCUUACAGUUUCACUUCUGUUCCUGCCUGAAAACCGCAGUGGAUCUCAAAGUACACGAACAUAUUCCCCGGCAUGGAGCAAUCGGUAUUCAGCAACUCGCCGGGGCUGUGGAUGCCGACGAAAAGUUAUUGAGGCGAAUCAUGAGGAUGCUGGUCAACAAGAGCGUAUUUGCCGAACCGGAACCCGGAUCCUAUGCCCACACCCCGGCCUCCUUGGUUAUCUGCGCGCCGAACAUGACGGAUCUUCUCAGCCAUAGGCUGGAGGAUGGGUUCCGAGCUGCCAGCCGACACGCAGAGGCACUGGCGAAGUUAAAAUAUCGGGAUCCUACUGCGGAGGAUGUUCUCGGCUUUCAGCUAGCCUUUUCAACUACCAAGAAUUAUUGGGACUAUGUGGAGGAGGAUGACCCUGAGUGCGGACAGCGGUUCUCCAAGGCGAUGCGGGCAGUGACAGUCAACAAACUGGGCGAUGUUCCCAAGCUGUAUCCAUUUGACAGGCUUGUCGACGAUGGCGGAGUGAUUGUUGAUGUUGGUGGCGGAAUGGGGCAGGUUGCGCAGAGCAUCCUCUCUCACUGGCCUGGACUCGGGCUGAAAUGUAUUGUUCAAGACAAGUUUGCAUGCAAGAGUCGUAGCACGCAUCCCGACUUGGAGAUGCAGAGUUACGACUUUUUCAGCUCACAACCGGUCAAAGGAGCCGCGGCGUAUCUCUUCCGUCAUAUAUUCCACGAUUGGCCGGAUGAUGCCUGCAUAAAGAUCCUGAAGAACACCGUGGAGGCACUUGAUUCUCAUCGGAGUCGAAUACUCAUCUGCGAUCAGAUUAUGGAGGAAAAGAAUCCGUCCACGGCGGCCGUGCUUUACGACAUCGAUAUGAUGUGUUUGUACGGCGGCAAAGAAAGGACCUUGUCAGAAUGGGAGGCAUUGUUGAAGGCUGCGGACCAGAGACUGGAAAUCAAGAACGUAUUCAGGAGCCCUAAUCAAGUCUCGGGUAUUCUUGACGUGCAGGUUUGCUGCGAUUAG